GAAUGCGCCCUUAUCUUGUCCACGCAAAAGUGCAAGGAGCACGAGAAUAGACCUACAUAUUAUAUUUUUCUAUGACGUUGUUUUAUAAUUGUUUUAUAAAAAAAAAUAUCUAAAUAAAAAAUGGUAAGGACUUGUUGUGUGGAAAGAUGUAAAAGAACAUCGCGUCCAGGUGAUAAUGUAUCAUUUUUCAGUACUCAUUUUGAAGAAUCACAAUACAGAUGUAUGAAUGGUAGACGAUACUUAAAGAAAGAUGCAAUUCCUUCUAUAUUUCCAUUUGAUUUAAAAAUUCACAAAACAAGCAAAGAGGAAGAUCAAAUUCUUAGAUGCCAACAAAAUACAUCAAAACAUAUGAGUAAUAAUAUUCGUAAUCACUAUGAGUCUCAUUGUAAUAUACAGAAGCAAGAAAUAACAAAUACAUCAUUGUCAUCAACAUUAAAUACAGUAGAUAAAGCAAUACAAAGUACUCCUCGAACUCAGAGUAUAGCUAUACAAGUACCAUCAAAGCACUUAGCACAGUCCGAAAAUGAAAAAAACUUACGCCAACAAAUUAAAAUUCUUCAAAAUAAAUUACGCUAUAGAGAAUUAAGAAUGUCAAAUGUUUGUCAAUUAAUAAAACAAUUAAAAAGAAAAGGUAAAUGCUCAGAUCAACUUGAAAAAGUUUUAUUAAGAAGACUUUCUGUAUUUAACUCAAAACUUUCUCAAAAAGAAACUGAAGAGAAUAUUAUUAACACUAAAGAACAUUCUAACACGAAACUGGAUCAGUAAA